AUGGCAGAGACAAGCUUUGCCAUUCUACUCUUAUCCUUGGCGACGAUUAUCCUUAACGUUAAUGCAGAUGCAGGCAGGCCUGCUGUUUUUAUACUUGGGGACUCGACAGCAGAUGUUGGGACCAACAAUUUCUUGCCAGGCAGCCAGGCAAGGGCUGACUUCCCUUUCAAUGGCGUUGAUUUUGCUUUCUCUAUACCCACUGGAAGGUUUAGCAAUGGCCUAAACAGUGCUGAUUUUCUAGCCAAGCUACUGGGCUACGAGAAAAGUCCACCACCAUAUCUUUCAACUGUAAAUUACUCACGUUAUAGUCUAACGAGGCAAGCCUUAAAGGGUAUAAACUUCGCCUCUGGAGGGUCCGGCAUUUUUCGUCUGACAGGACAAUUACCGUCUGAUUCACCAAACGGCAGGAAACAGAAUGUGAUUCCAAUGGCAGAGCAAAUAGCGCAGUUUGAGAGUAUUCGCAGCUCUCUUAUGGCUGCAAUGGGUCCCUUACCAACCUUAAGGUUUCUUUCCAAGUCUUUGUUCUUCAUUAGUAUUGGCAGCAAUGAUAUCUUCGAAUAUUACCGUUCCAACAAUAAUUUAUCAAAGGAACGCUUCUUCGCCAGUUUAGGAUUCGCUUACGAGAACCAAUUAAAGGCUCUACUCGAACUGGGAGCUAGGAAGUUUGGGAUUAUAAGUGUCCCGUCAAUUGGCUGUUGUCCAUCUCAGAGGCUCAAUAGUCCUAACGGGGGUUGUUUGGAGGAGUUGAACGAUCAUGCAAGAGCUUUUCACACAAAGAUUGAGAGAAUCUUGUACAGGCUCAGCGAAGAAUAUCAAGGCAUGAAGUACUCACUUGGAAACGCCUACGAGAUGACAAUUAAUGUCAUAGACAACCCACUUCUAUACAAUUUUACGAACGUGAAGACUGCAUGUUGUGGAGUUGGGAGGCUCAAUGCAGAAUCCAAUUGCAAUCCAAAUGCAAAUCUUUGUUCGAGUCGCAAUAAUUACUUGUUCUGGGAUUUGUUCCACCCAACAGAGGCUGCUGCUCAACUGGCAGCAGUAACUCUCUUCAGAGGUCCCACAAGAUUUGUAGCCCCUAUCAACUUUUCUCAAUUGGCCCAGGCGUAG